CUGCAAAACCGAUGCAUUAAAAAGAAAUUCUAAUAAUAAUAAUAAUAAUAAUAAUAAUAACCAAAAAAACAAAAACAAAAACGGAUUUGUUCAUCGUUCUAUCGUUUUUAUUUGACAUUGCAUGUAAAGCAUGUCCAUUUCAUGCAGAAUCGAGUGUGUGUGUUGAUUCUAGUAAAGGGUUGAUGUAUUUUCAGCAUUAUUUUUGAAUAAUAAGAAGAGGAAGAAGAAGAAGGAGUGGAGAUGGCUGCAGUUGUGGAGAAGUCAGAUAUGACUAAAGAGCGAGCAAGAUUAGCCCGGGAGAGGAGAGAGGAGAGAGAGAGGACUCAGGCAAGCAGGGAGAAUGAGCUGAGGGAGAAAGAGCAACGCUCCCGUAAACAGUACGAACGUUCGCUGGAGGAGCGAGGGAGGCGUCUGGAGGAGCAGCGGCAGCGAGAGGAGCAUCGUCGAGCUGCUGUGGAGCAGAAGAGGAGGCAGCGUGUUGAGGAGGAGAAGGAGCACCUGGAGACGCUGAUGCGGCGUUCAGACGACCGCGGCCUGCCGUCGGAGCAGAGACACAAACGCUGGACGUGGGGUGGCCCGCCACGAGCCUGUGAGGACGAUCCUAAGGUUGCCCCGCCCUCUCCUGCUGCUUCCUCCAUCGCAGCCAAUAAGCCAGCUUCUUUCCUGCCUGCCAGCCAAUCCAAAGCCGUACCAGACUUCAUGAUUCCAGCAGACUGUCCUGAAACAGACCUGAUCACUCGUCUUUCCUCCUCUAACUCCUCAGCUGUUUUAGCACAAACAUCAGGAAGAGCCUCGCCCAGCCCCCACAGGUCUCCGUAUAAAUCCUCGUCCAACAGAGCCGAGCGCAAGAAGACAAGCACCACAUCUGGACCAUCGGAGGAAUCCCGAGGGGUUGCCACGACCCCCAAAACCCCUCAGACAGAGAAACAAACCGGUGGGAUCACAGAUUCCUCAGCAAAGCGACUUGAAUCUCCUAUGACGCCCACCAAGAGCAUGUCUGGCAGCAAGAAACCCAGCACCCCCAAAAGGUCCAAGUCAUGUAAGAGUCGUAUCCAGUCUCCAUGUUCUCCGGGGCAGUUCCCCAGCUCACCCAUGAGGCACAGAGCUAUGACCCCGGGGGUAGAAAUCUACAAGAGGCUAGACGGAGAGGACAAAGGAGUCGAGAAUAAAAGCUCCAGCACUUUGGAUAGGAAAACGUCAAGGACUGAAAAGCUUCCCAAAUCUGCAAGCAGAGAACUCGGGCAUAGCACAGAGUCUCCGGUGACUCCGACUGGAAAAGCUGGAACCACCGACGCCGAGGAAGCUUCCAGACUGCUGGGGGAGAAGCGACGGCUAGCCAGAGAGCAGAAGGAGCAGGAGGAGAAACAGCGACUGGAGGAAGAGAGGCUUAAGGCCGAGGAGCUCCAGAGGAAGCAGGCGGAGGAGCGAGAGCGACAGGAACUGGCGGCUCAACAAGCAGAGAAGGAGCGCCAGAGGCAAGAGGAAGAGCGCAGGAAGAAAGAGGAAGAUGACAAGCGGCAGAAGGAGAGACGCUUGAAAGAUCUCCAGGACCAGCUGGACAGAGAGAGGGAGGAGGCCUUGCAGAGGGUGCAGAGGGAGGCUGAGAGGAAGCAGCAGGAAAGAGAGCAGCUAAAACUGCAGGAAGAACAAGAGAGACUGCAGAGGAAGAAGCGCAUUGAGGAGAUCAUGAAAAGAACAAGAAAAACUGACACUGAGCCAAAGGAUGAGAUGCACAUGGAGUCCAACACCUCCGUGAUCGGUUCAGUCUCUGUCCUGGAGUCUGCAGGUGAGAGUGCAGAGAUUUCAGAUGCUGGCCAGAUUAACGGUCCCUCAAUCAGGUCCUCAGGAAGCUCCAGUUUUUCCGAGUUUAAGAGUGAAUUCCCUUCAUCCAUCACCGUUGGCUCACCUGUCAUCAACCUACAGCCUCUGGAGGCUAAGUGCAGUGCGGCUGACGAUCUAUCGGAUGGCGUCCAGUCCAUGGAUGUCAGUCCGGUGUCUAGAGAUGAGCUGAUGCAGGAAUACUCUCCUGUCAGCGAGAGCUCUGAGAUCCUCACGAGGAACCCCGAGGCGCUGGAUCUCCUGCAUCUCACCGGACAGGCUGCGUAUCCUAAAGCCGGAGACUGCAACAAAAACCUGAUCCAGAGCUUCAGCAACGCCGCCACAGACUCAGCGCUCAUGCAGAGUCUGGGGCCGAGCAUGGAUAAGCUCACAGUCUAGUUCAACAGGGUAUAGUGACGUCAUGGCUGUGUUGAAGAACCGUUUGGGAUUUGACCUUCGUCUGUCGUGCCUCUGUUACAGCUCUUACAAGCUCCUCCACGAGAAACCUAUGUGCAUCCUGGGGGAAAAGGAAGGAGCUCUGAAUCAAGUAGUUAUAAUAUGUAGAAUAAUAAU